AUGGCUGCCGUCACUGCGUCGAAUCUAUUCAAUGUCAAGGAUAUGGUGUUUGUUGUCACCGGAGGCGGUACGGGCGUCGGCGAGAUGAUGGCGCAUGCACUGGACGUCAACGGCGCCAAGAAAGUCUUCAUUCUCGGCCGCCGGGGAGACAAACUCGCCGCUGUUGCUGCCGCAGCCGCAAACAAGUCAAUUGUCGCCGUGACCUGUGACGCGUCGUCACAAGAAGACUUAGGUCGUGCUGUCGACCAUAUUGCGGCCCAGACACCAUUUGUGAACGUCGUGCUCGCUAACCACGGUGCUACCGGCCCGACAAUUGACGACCUGCCACGCGACCAUACUAUGUCAGCGGCCGAGGUGCGCGAGUUCUUUUGGAAAACGCCCAUGACUGAGUUCACCGAUACGUAUGCGGUAAACUGCAGUUCGAUAUUCUACUGCUACAUGGGCUUUCUUAACCUGCUAGCCGCAGGCAACACGCUUGACGAGUCACCAACCAAGACGCUCGGGAUCGACAGCCAGUUCAUCGUCACCAGCAGUAUCGGUGGCUUUUCACGCAUCCCCGGCAUGGGCUACGCAUACUCCACCAGCAAGGCCGGCGUGAUGCACAUGGUCAAGAUGCUGGCUUGCAAUUUCGCACACUUGCACAUUCGUGUGAAUUGCAUUGCACCGGGUAUCUACCCCAGCGCCAUGUCUAAUGAAUUCCUCAGCCGGACCAAAGGUAUUCCGCAGUCGGUCGUUCCAUUAGAACGCGUCGGCACGCCAGAAGACAUUGCGGGUGUUACGCUGUUCUUGUGCAGCAGGUCGGGCGCCUACAUCAACGGCAACAUUGUGAUCACAGACGGUGGCCGACUCUCUAUGGUUCCUGCGACAUACUAG